CAUGCUUCCACUGCGUCCAGAGCACUUCACGGUCGUCAAAUCUGAUGACCGACGAGCAGAAUUUUCCACCAGUCAAGGCAAUACGGCGUAAGAUGAGCCUGUGCAGUGGCUGCAGCUGGCCCAAUCCCAUUCCGGCCGGGAGGUUAGGGUUGGCGUCGGGCCAGUCACCCAUCAACGGCGAUCUGUCUCGGCAGGCUUUUGCUUCCCUGACGCAGUCAAUCAGAAUCUCACACUCGAAGCUAUACGAUGCGUGGCACAGGCCGUAAUCACAUGUCGGCGCCAGACCUGGCAGACAGACAGACACAAUGGACGGACUGAGACUGCGAGGGGGUAUAGCAAUCGUCCCCGUUGGAAUGCAGCUGCGCAGCUCUGAGGAGACAAUGCCGUGGCACAGGACCAUCCCCGGGGCAUAAUAAACUCAGACAAGCAACAGACGACAGCCCUAGUCGGCGAUGCGCUUUGUCUCCUCUGGGGAGACAUUGCGGGGUUCGGAAAGCAAACCGGGUGAGCUGCAUCGUGAGAUGCCAGCAGAUGCGAGCAGAUGGCCUGUCAUAUGAGAUGCACCCCUGCAAUUAGCAAAGCGACGCAGCCAGACUCAGCGGACGCGUAGCAUUAGGGUUACACUCAUUCUCGCAUCGAACCAUCCUGCCCUCGGUCCACCCCAGCUGGCCGAUGCACUGCAGGGAUUCCCUUCGCGGGGAAGGGCCUAAGCGCCGCAUCUCUUCACGGUUGAUGGAUUCGCAUGGACAGCAUUUUGGGGGUACAUAUGUAUCCAGACGCAUAUAUAUUGAGAUUGCCGCGUCUCUCCCUGGAACGGCCAGCGCUCGCUGCGUGCCAGUGCAUCCUUCUCCUCUCUUCCAGGCCUUUCAUCGUCCGGACCCGGCCAAGAUGUGGCAGUUCAGCAACAUCUACGUGAUCGCCGGCAUCGCCGUCGUCGGCGGCUCGCUGUUCGGGUUCGAUAUCUCGUCCAUGUCUGCUCAGUUGAGCACCAAUUCGUACAAAUGCUACUACAAUCAAGGCCCACACCCGCUGAACGCAACCGACCCCAACUGCAGCGGCCCCCGGUCUCUGGUCCAGGGUGGAAUCACCGCAGCCAUGCCCGCCGGUUCAUGGCUGGGCGCCUUGAUCUCAGGUGUGCUUUCGGAUAGGAUCGGUCGAAAGCCCUCCAUCAUCAUCGGUUGCUGGAUCUGGUCCGUUCUGCCGGUGCCACGCUCCCUGUUUUCCUGCCAGUAGCUGACCGGAACAGGUUCAUCGGAUCUGCCUUGAUCUGCGCCUCCCAGGGCAAGGGUAUGCUCAUCGUCGGACGCAUCAUCAAUGGCUUGUCCGUCGGCAUCGAAUCCGCCCAGGUCCCCGUGUAUAUCAGCGAGCUGGCCCCCCCGUCGCUCCGUGGCCGCUUCGUCGGUCUGCAGCAGUGGGCCAUUACCUGGGGCAUUAUGAUCAUGUACUAUAUUUCCUAUGGUUCCUCGUACAUCGGCGGCGACAAGCCCUGGAAUUACAGCGCCUCGGCCUGGCGGCUUCCCUGGGGCCUGCAGAUGAUUCCAGCUCUCUUCCUGCAUAUAGGAAUGUUGAUGUUGCCCGAGUCCCCUCGAUGGCUCGCCCGCCAUGACCGAUGGGAGGAAUGCCACGACGUACUCGCACGCGUCCAUGCCAAGGGAGACCGGAACGCCCCGUUCGUCGCCCUCGAGAUGCAGGACAUCCGGGACAUGUGUGAAUUCGAGAGAAGAUACAAAAAUAUCACCUACCUUGACCUCUUCACCAAGAAGAUGUUCAAUCGCACGCAGAUCGGCCUGUUUACCCAGAUCUGGUCUCAACUGUGUGGCAUGAAUGUCAUGAUGUACUAUAUCGGCUGGGUCUUCUCCAUGGCCGGUUACCACGGGAAUGCCAACCUCCUGGCGUCAUCCAUCCAGUAUGUCAUCAACGUCGUCAUGACCAUCCCCGCCUUGCUGUUCAUCGACUGGUAUGGCCGUCGAACCGCGCUCCUGGUCGGUUUCUUCCUCAUGAUGGUCUUCAUGUACGCCAAUGCCGGCAUCAUGGCAAGCCAUGGAGUCGUAGUCCCCGGGGGUAUCGAUGGCGUUGCCGAGGCGUCCAUGAGUUUGACCGGCGCCCCGGCCAAGGGUCUGAUCGCUUGCACAUAUCUCUUCGUCGCCUCCUUCGCCCCGACGGUAGGCCCUGCCAGCUGGAUCUAUCCGCCAGAGCUGUAUCCGCUUCGUCUGCGUGGGAAGGGCGUGGCUCUCUCCACGUCCGGAAACUGGGCUUUCAACAUGGCUCUGGGUCUGUUCACUCCCCCGUCGUUCACGAACAUUCGUUGGAAGACGUACAUCAUCUUCGCCGUCUUCAACACAGUUGCAUUCAUCCAUAUCUUCUUCAUGUUCCCGGAAACCGCCGGGAAGACGCUUGAAGAGACGGAGCAGAUGUUCGAGGACCCCAACGGCAUCAAGUAUCUGGGAACCCCGGCGUGGAAGACCCGCGUCCAGACCUAUCGUACCAGGGCCAUGGAGCGCGGCCAGAUUGACGUUGAGUCCAAGGCUGUCACCACGAGACACGAGCAUACUGCUCCCGCCGCUGAGGCUGCCCCGGCUGCAGAGAACACUGCUGUCGUCGUUGAAGAGAAGAACACCGCUUCUGCGUAAAACCAUCCUUUCAUUCCAGCGCCACGUACUCUGCUGCUUGUUGGCUAUGACAAUCGAUAUAUCGCACCUUAAUCAUGCUUGCUGGUCUGUCAGUCUGCAAGCCUCUCGUGCCUUAGUUUAUAAUCGGAAAUAUGAAUGCAAAUGAAGUAUCA